AACACGCCUCCCAACUAUCUCGUUCUUACACCUCGCGAUCGCGUUCGAUCUGCUCGCUGUAUCAUCAAAACACAUAUACCUCAACGACCAUGACGGCCCUUUGGCAAUUCUACCCUCUGAAGAUGGCUUACCAAUGGUAUGAUCCAAAUGCCGCAUCGGGCAACCAGAAUUUGGCCGCACCAACCGGUCUUGUGCCUACAUACGUACUCUUGCCAGGCCAACCUUCGCCCGCUCCUCAGCCUGUGUUCCUCCCCCAGGUUUCUGCAGCUCCGAUGGUGGCAGGAUAUAGUCCUGGUCGUGUGGCAGUUCAGCUCCCUUCUCCUAAUCGAGGCCCAGUACAACUUGGCGCGCCAGUAUUGCUAGAUGUCCUCAACGCUGGUAGCGGCACAUCUUGGGGCGGUAGAACCUCUUCCCCUCGCCUAUAUUAUGACGUCCGCGACUAUCCCUCCAGAGCAAGCGUGUUGACUGGCAGUCAAUUGAGCACGUUAAGCUCACAACUUUUGAGGGCCACGGUGACGAAUCCUCCGUUCGCGAGACUCAAGAUCGUUAGCAAGGCCUUCCCUUGGGAGAUUGAUGUAGAGUCCAAUGGACCUGGCGAGCCCAUUACUGUCGAAGAUGUGAUUACUGCCAUUCAUGAGACACUCGAUAAGCAUAUCGCCUCCUCUGAAUGGUGGAUUGUAACGGAGGAAACUCGAAACAGAGUCGCGAGGCAGUAUGAAAAGAAUUGUGACGCAGCCGCCUCAAGUUCCAGCCGCCAUCGAGGCGAACUCGAGAAGCCCCGACAUAGGAGUGAGGGUGUGAGGAGGGUUGACUGGCUCCUCGACCAGUAUAUUGUGAAAGGUCUCGAGAAGGAUGACGUGUUCAUUCAGAAGCGUAUCCCUGACAGGGCUGCCCGCGAGUAUACAUGGUCCUUGGCUCUUGGCUCCAAGUAGAGGAGCCCGGGUGUGAGGGUGCCGUACUGGCAAGUUCAAGCACUCUUUUUGUACUAUGUAUGGGUGUGUGUGUGAUCGAUGCU